AUGGAGUGGACUCAAUUUUGGGAUUCAUAUUCUUCUUCCAUUCAUGAAAAUCCUAAUUUAUCCAAUAUAGAUAAAUUCAAUUAUUUGCAUAGUCUGUUGGAAAAAUCUGCUGCUGAAGCAAUAUCAGGUUUAAAAAGAACUUCAGCAGACUACCAAGAGGCAAUAGAUAUCUUAGACAAAAGAUUUGGUAAUCAGCAACAAAUUGUCAAUGCCCACAUGAAUGCUUUAUUAAACCUGCCCAAGGUGACUAAUGUAGAUGACUUAAAGGCUCUCAGGCAAUUACAUGAUAAAGUAGAGAGCCAUAUGAGGGGAUUAAAAUCUCUUGAAGUUGACUCUGGUUCAUAUGGUAGUCUGUUAACACCUAUUUUAAUUGAUAAGUUGCCUAAAGAGCUACGUUUAGAAGCUACAAAGCAGCUCAAAGAAGAUUGGGAUCUAGAUGAACUCAUCAAAUACUUUAAAGGGGAACUGGAGGCUCGAGAGAGGGCAAGUCUCUUACCCGGCAGUUCAAGGGAUCCCCCAUCGAAGCCACUGUAUAAACCUAAGAUCCCAUCUGCAUCAUCUUUGUUUACUACUGGAGGAAGUCCAACAUGCACCUACUGUCAACAACCCCACCCUUCAAAUAGCUGUAGUACCGUGACUGACAAAAAUGAGAGAAAGGAAAUUCUGAAACGGUCUGGAAGAUGUUAUAUAUGCCUUAGAAAGAAUCAUGUUGCCAGAGAGUGCAAAUCUAAGAUAAAAUGUUGUAAAUGUGAUAAGCGUCAUCACAUUAGUAUCUAUCCAUCCAAUUCUAAGGUGAAACCUACCCCACCAGAACAAGAAGCAUUCCACCAACCAACCCCCUCUGAAGAACACACACGCAUGCAACCCCAAGGUCACCAACCCACGAACCAAAGUAGAGAACAACCUCAGAACACCCAUGUCAAUAUGUUUGUUGAUGCACAGUCCUCGAUUCUUUUACAAACCGCAAGAGCCCCCAUUUACAACCCAAAGGAUCCUAGUAAGACGUUGCAGGCAAGACUUAUAUUUGACAGUGGAAGCCAAAGAUCAUACAUAACUCCCACAAUGAGAGACAAGCUGAAUCUCUCUAUAGUAAGACGAGAUACCCUCAAGAUUAAUGCCUUUGGUUCUAAGGAUGAAGAUAUUACCUCCUGUGAUAUGGUUCAAUUUCAGUUGGACACUGAGAGAGGACAUAAGUUAAACCUAUCGGCUUAUGUUGUUCCAUUGAUAUGCUCCACAAUCGGAAACCAAAAUACAAGAUUUGCCCAACAAUCCUAUGAACAUCUUUCUGGUCUAAAACUUGCUGACUCAGCAAACGAUGGAGAACAAUUCGAUUUGGAUAUACUGAUUGGAAGCGAUUAUUAUUGGCAGUUGGUCACCGGUCAUGUAAUCCAUGGAAACGAUGGUCCUACAGCAAUGCAUACCAAGCUCGGCUGGGUUUUGUCUGGUCCAGUGAAAGGGGCAUCACCCGAUUCUCAUUCCAAUGUCAACAUGGCAUCUACCCAUGUGUUACGAUGUUCUACCCAACUCACUCCUUCCCCAGAAGCAACAAUCGAAACUAACCUGA